AUGGCUCCUAUCCGUCGCUAUCUGCGCAUCAGCAAAUACUCGGUGCUCGAGUGUCGCAUAUAUCUGGACAACCCAUCCGACUCGCGAUGGCUCUUGAAUCCACGCGAUCCGGUUCUACCUCGCGUCUUCGCCGCGAUUCGACCGCUAGUCCUGCCCAAGUUACGAGAAGAGAAUGAACGGCUUUGGUCACGCAAGAAGGGGAAACCUGUGAAGGAUGUUAUUGCUGAAGAUGAAUUCGAAGUAGCAAUCUUCCUCCGCGAGUCGCGUACCCGUCACGCCCUGUUGACCAGAAACAAGACUUUUCACGAACCGGAUAGCAAGAAGAACAAGAAGCUGAAGCCAGAGCCCGGGGAGGAGUUGACGGAGGAUUCGGCUGUUCCAGCCCAGUCUACCAGGGCAGAGGUCAUUCUUGAUAGUGACGACAGCGAGGCCGAAGUCGAUCUGCGCAAUAUUCCCGAAGCAGCCGAAGAUGCCAAUAGCGUGGAAGCCAUCACGUUGUCAGACAUUGGAAUGAAGGCUCAGGCCGGGGAGGAGCCAGCGGGAGAUGAGAAGAAGCUCCGCUUUAGCACCCAUUAUGAGAGUUUCAACAUCACAGGAUGGGUGCUCUGUUUGCUCAUUACUCGCAAAGUAGAUCGGGCACUAAGUCGUACAGCUACAACAGAACCGAAACAGCCUCUAAUGGAGGAAUGGAUCUCCACCCAGGCCCAGACAGGUCUCGGCGAGGACUGA